AUGUCGCACUACCUUCCCAUUCGUCAUUUUGGAAUUAUCGUAUCUCUUCUUCCCCAUCUAAGCGUCUUCGCUGUUCCGUCAGAAUACGAUGCAGCCCCUCGGUUGGAAAAGCGAGCCACCCCUUCAAGCAUCGGUAUUGACGCCGCUACGCUAACUUCCAAAUGGUUUGAGGGUUCAGAUAAAGUUCAGAUCAUCGAAAUGAUCCUCACCAACCAUGACACCGCAGAAUCUUUCACCAAAGCCGAGGACCUCACCAUCACGGCAUCUUCUUCAUAUUUUGAUCUCGUAAAGCCGGCCAGAAUUACACGCCUUAUAGCUGGACAACAGGUUGUCGCGCAAAUCGGCAUCAAGAACAAGGAAGGAUUUGCGCCUGGGGAUUCAUGCUCAGGAACUAUAACUGCCAACUGGGUUGGCGGAAGGACAACUUCCAAGAACAUCACUGGGUCUUGCGGUUUCGGCGACUAUACUGCAACUAAAGCCAGCCUAAACAAGCAUUGGACUCCUGACUGGUAUAACAAUGCUAAGUUUGGCAUCUUUAUUCACUGGGGUGUCUAUUCUGUUCCGGCAUUUGGCAAUGUGGGCGAUAAGGAAGAUUACGCCGAAUGGUAUUGGAUGCGCAUGACACAGCCAAACUACAAGUCUCAGACGUACCAGCAUCAUAGGGACACCUACGGCGAGAAUUUCAACUACGAUGAUUUUAUUCCCUCCUUCACUGGAGACAAGUUCAAUGCGAAGGAGUGGGUAGAUCUAAUGGCAGAGGCUGGAGCAAGGUAUAUCGUUCCCGUGACAAAACACCAUGAAGGCUUUGCAAUAUUCGAUGUGCCCAAGUCGACCAGUUUACGGUCUUCUGUGCAACUAGGACCUAAGCGUGAUUUCCUAGCAGAACUCAUGAAUGCAGCCAAAACAUAUCAUCCUGAUAUUAGACGCGGAACCUACUUCUCGAUGCCUGAGUGGUUCAAUCCAGACUACUCAAAGUAUGCCACUGAUUGCUGUGGUGGCUUUCCUGGUGGACCUCCAAAAAACCCUUACACUGGUGUUGAGGUACCCUAUACAGGGCAUGUACCUGUAGCCGACUACGUAACAGACCUGCAGCUGCCCCAGAUGGAAACACUUGCCUACGACUCACGGUAUGAAACGGAGAUAAUGUGGUGUGAUAUUGGAGGUGCCAACAAUGCCACCAUCAUGCUAUCCAGAUGGCUGAACUGGGCUCGGGACCAGGGCCGCCAAGUUACGUACAACAACCGCUGCGGGUACGGCUCCACGGACCAUGGUGACGCUAGUGGUGGCGACUUCACAACGCCCGAAUACGUCACAAACGGCAACACAGUUGUGAGUAAGUGGGAGACGAACCGUGGUAUGGAUCCGUUCUCGUUUGGAUACAACAAGGACACGCCUGAUACUGGAUACCUUACUGGAGUCGACAUUAUCAAGACACUUGUCGACGUUAUAUCCAAGAAUGGCAAUUUUCUACUUGAUAUUGGCCCAAUGGCGAACGGCACGAUCCCGCUGAUUAUGCAGAAAGGGCUGAAGGAUGCGGGGAAGUGGAUCAAGGAACGUAGCGAAUCUAUCUACGAUACGCGCUUCUGGCAGACUACAAGUGGAAAGGGAAGUUUUCGAUACACUAUUAGUGACUCUGCGUUUUACAUUCACGUGCUAGACAAGCCGAGCUUGACGCUUCUAAUCCCUGAUGCAAUCCCAUUUUUGAAUGGUGAUAGUGUACAGGUUCUAGGUGGUGGAAUGUCAGGCACUAAAGUACCAGCCACGAAGAAUGAGAAUGGAACAGUAGUCCUUCAACUAGACGAUGCAAUCAUAUCGUCAGAUAGAUAUGUUUGGACGUUUAAGGUUAUCUAUAAAUCCUAA